UGUAUUGUUGUGAAUCCUUCCUCACCUGGUGCAGGAGGGAGUGACUAACAGAAGGAGGGUAAUCUGAUUGGCUGAGAACAGCGGCGGUCAGCCUAUAAGUGCAUAUAAAUGCUUAAAGAUGAGAUCUGAGCAUCAUCGGUGGAAGCAGGAUUCAGUUAACAGCCAGUAGUCGAAUACUCUUGGACUGGACACCCGCGAGCUCAACAGGUCACAUAAGCAUGUCUCCAUCAGGGCGACCAAACACGGUCCGGCUGGUGUUCCUCGGGGCAGCUGGAGUCGGCAAGAGCGCGCUCAUCCGCCGCUUCCUCCACGAUCGCUUCGAGCACAAGUACACGCGCACAGUGGAGGAGCUUCACGUGCUUGAGUGUGACAUGACCGGGUCUGGGAAGAUGCGUCUGGAGAUCCUGGACACAACCGGGAGCUACUCGUUCCCGGCCAUGCGCGAGCUAUGCAUCCGGCACAGUGACGCGUUCGCCCUCGUGUACGCCGUGGACGACCCCGGGUCCCUCGACGAGGUGAAACGGCUCCGUCGCGAGAUUCUGGAGCUGCGGGUCGGCAAGAAGGCGCCCAUCACUGUGGUUGGCUGCAAGUCGGAUCUGAGCGAGGCGGAGGGUCGUGUGCUCCGGACGGCCGAUGUCAUGGCCACAGUGGAGGGUGAGUGGGAUGCAGACUUCGUGGAGGCGUCCGCGCGCACAGGUGGAAACACGGUGGGAGUGUUUAGCUCGUUGUUGCAACAGAUGCAGGUGCCACGCCGACUGAGCCCAGCGGUGUGGAGGCGCAGAGACACGGAGCCCAAAGCGGCAGUGAAGAGGAGACCUCCACUGAAGAAGAACCACAGCUGUGUCCUGUCAUAGAACAUUUUAUGUGAUGAAAAUGAACUCUGCAGCUGGACUGCUGAUCUCCACGUUUUGCUGGUCAUCACUGAUGGAGAUUUGGAAGGAAGGUCCUUCAAUAGGCCUAUAUGAAAUUAUAAGUAUAGGUGAUUAAUGCCUGAUUUAGGCUAUGGCCUAAAGGAUUCAUGUUCAAGCUUCACGUUUUAUGUCGGCUAAUUUAUUUUGUGAUUUUAUUUGUCUUUCCUUGGAUUUUUUAAUUCACUCCACCUCAAUGUCAAUAUAGUCUGUCACCUACAACUGACAUUUUCAUUGAAGACUAGGCUUGUAUUCAAGAGAUACAACAACAACAACAACAACAACAACAAAUCCAAAAAGUGAAAUGUCUGCUUUUACAAUUGCAAUAAGUUUAGGCUAUACAAAUAUCGUCAAGUAGGCUUGGCCAAACGCAAAACGUUCUUAACCACGUCAGUGUGACAAACAGAUUUUUUAAGUGUAGGCUACUAAACAGCUGAAAAAGUAAAAGUUCGUGUCCACAGCUUUAGGCUAUAACGCCAUCUCCGACAUGCCUCCUAUGUUACUAUUUUUUAUUAUUCACAAGUCAUGAUCGUCUUUACAUUUACACAGAACAAUGAACAGACAUGAAUCAAAAGCAUCAUCACCACAAAAAAAAAAACUCCUUAGGAUUAACAAAAACCUUCAGCUGUGAACAAGAAGUCUGUGUCACUGUCUUGAGCUGGAACAUUUGAUAAACAGAUUCAUCUCACACAUUACAAUAAACGAUGAUAGACUCCUGCCAGCAGCUUCCCCUUAAGCUUAAGAUAACUUUGCACAUAGGCCCAGCACACAACAAAGGUUGUUUGCUUUAAGUACGAAACUUUAACUUACGGUUUUAAUGCAGCUCGUUCAGACAUCUUAAUUAUUAUUAUUAUUAUCUAUAAUAAUUAGGCCAUUAUUAUCUUAUUAAUUUUAUUGCUUUUAACCUUUUUAUCUUUCUCUUCUUUAAAUGUAUCCCCCUCUGUAUUAAUUUUACUGCUCUUAGUCUUUUUAAAUUCCUACUCCUAUUAUCGUUUUACUCUUCAGCUCUCUGUUGCUUUAUUCAUUUAACCAAUCUCCUGUUUAUCCCUUCUUUUUAUCUUAAUUCUGUGUUUACAGCCUGUGAUGUGUCCCACUCUCCCUCAAUUUUAAUUUUGUUCUCCCCUGGUUGAUUUU